AUGGGAAAUUUCAACAUCACAUUUGCAGAAGGCUUCAUUUUGGUGGGCUUCUCAGAUUGGCCUCAACUGGAACUCAUCCUUUUUAUCUUUAUUUUGGUUUUCUACUGCCUAACUCUCUUUAGCAAUACCACCAUUAUCGCUCUCUCCCGACUGGACGUUCAACUGCACACACCCAUGUACUUCUUUCUCUCACACCUCUCCUUCCUAGACCUCUGUUUUACCACCAGCACUGUGCCUCAGCUUCUGAUCAACCUUCAUGGACUUGACAGGACCAUCAGCUAUGGAGGGUGUGUGGCCCAGCUAUAUAUCUACCUUGCCCUGGGUUCCACUGAGUGUAUGCUCCUGGUGGUGAUGGCCUUUGACCGCUAUGUUGCUGUGUGUCGUCCACUCCAUUACAUGACCAUUAUGCACCCUUGUCUCUGCCAUGCAUUGGCUAUCUCCUCCUGGGUGGGAGGCUUUGUGAACUCUCUAAUUCAGACAAGUCUUGUGAUGGCCAUGCCUCUCUGUGGCAACCAGCUAAAUCACUUUUUCUGUGAGAUGCCUGUAUUCCUUAAGUUGGCUUGUGAGGACCCAGGAGGAACUGAAGCCAAGAUGUUUUUGGCCCGAGUCAUAGUGGUUGCUCUUCCGGCAGCAUUAAUUCUAGGUUCCUAUGUACACAUUGCUCAGGCAGUGCUGAAGAUCAAGUCAAUGGCUGGGCGUAGGAAGGCUUUUGGUACAUGUGGAUCUCACCUCUUGGUAGUUUUCCUUUUUUAUGGCUCAGCAAUUUACACAUACCUACAACCUAUCCACAGUUAUUCUGAGAGGGAGGGAAAAUUUGUUGCACUUUUUUAUACCAUAAUCACUCCCAUUCUCAAUCCUUUGAUUUACACUCUAAGGAACAAAGAUGUGAAGGGAGCUUUGUGGAAGGUGUUAAAAAGAGGCAGAGGCAGAGAUGUGGGGUAG